CUUCCCCUCCCGUCGCUGCGGCCCCACAGCCCGGCGGGGCGGCCCACCCACGUGGCGCUCGGGUCACGUGGCGCCCGGCUUUGCCUCCCGCGCCGCCAUCUUGGAGCCGGGCGAUGGGCGGGGCCUGAAGGAGGGGGCGGGGUCUGGAGUGAUGACGUCACAGGGGGCGGGGCGUCCAGCUGGCGCCGGCGGGUUCGCGCCAUGGGGGCGGAGGAUCCCGACCUGUACCGGGACACGUGGGUCCGUUACCUGGGUUACGCCAACGAGGUGGGCGAGUCCUUCCGCUCCGUCGUGCCGGUCGCCGCCGUGUGGGCCAGCUAUGGGGUGGCCACAGCCUACGUGACGGCCGAUGCCAUUGACAAGGGCAGAAGAGCCGCAGAGGCCCACGCUCAGGACCCCAACAGGGCACAGCGGGUGGGGGUGGCCGUGGCGGACACCUUCGUGUGGCAGAGCCUGGCUUCGGUGGCCAUUCCGGGCUUCACCAUCAACCGUCUGUGUGCUGCCUCCCUGGCCCUGAUGGGCUCCUUCACCCGCUGGCCUCUGCCCGUCCGAAAGUGGGCCACCACUGCGCUGGGGCUGGCUGCCAUCCCUGUCAUCAUCACCCCCAUUGACAGGUCUGUGGAUUUCCUGAUGGACUCCAGCAUCCGUAAGCUGUACGGCACUGAUGAACCUCCAUCUGCACCCUGAGCCACACAGAGCUGGGCGGGGAAACCGAGGCACACUGCUGGCUAUGGGGCACUGCACCCGUUGCACUGUGAACCCACACUCAGGUUAUGGCCUUGAAGUGGCUGCACACACCCUGCACUUGGUCCUAAUAAAUUAUUUCAAACGUUA